AUAAACAAAAACAACAACAAUAACAAUCAUUUAGGACAGACACAGACACACAGCUCGAGAGCAUCAUCAACACAACAAUUAUGUGAUAUCUACAACAAAUAUAUUUUUUUUUAGUCUUAACUGCUGACGUCACACGUCAAAAAGGAGAAAAUAAAAGCCUUUGCACAUAAAUGAAACACGAAAAACGUAGUGAAUAAUGUACAUGAAAACGCAAAAAAAUAUGAAACGUGUGUGAUAUUAAAUGAGCGCGACAGUGGCAGAAGUACCAACAACUACAAAACAGCAGCAGCGACGUUGGCAGCGGCAGCGGCGACGACGACGCAGGCGACGGCAGCAGCGUUUGCAGUCAUUUGCUUUGCUGGGUUGUGCGUCGUGAUAAUAAUAUAUAUGAAUAUAGCGAAGAAAUUCCAAUUUAGAUGUGAAGAAUCCCUAGGUGCUAAUUUAGUUGAUAAGCGCAAACAAAAAGUACAAUAAAGAAAACCAGCAACAACAAAAACUCACACAACACACCCACAAACACACACGGAAACAACACAUACAUCAAGCGUCAAAAUUAACCGACUGGGUGGCAACAUUAUUAGCGGCAAGAGCAGCGCUUAAAAGUAUGCUACAACGAAAUUCGGGCGACUGCCGCCGCGUUGCCAGGCAAACGUAGCGAAAGAGCGAAAGACAAACGAGGAGAGACCCAAACCGACAGCGAGAACCGUCAGCAGAGCAGAGCAGAGCAGUGAAGAGAGAGCGGAAGAGACGAAGACAGGCGGAGAAGUGGGAGGGAGAGAGAGCGCUUGCAAAAAACUAUUUUUGUUACAACUGCAGGCGCGCGCGACUGCGAAAUGUCGAAAUUUUUUAUAACCGCCGCGCCCAACAGCAACAACAAUAACAACAACAACAAUAACAGCAACACACAGCGUCAGCAGCAGAUUUAUGGCGGCGCAACUCAGGUGGUACGCAAGCUCAGCUACGAUCCGCUCGGCACCAACAAUAACAACAACUACAACAACAACAAUAUUGUGAUCAAAAAUGAGAAGCUGCUGGAAAUUGAGUACGAGCACAGCGCCGGCAACGAUAACAGCAGCAGCAGCAACAACAACAACAAUAAUAAUAAUAGCAACAACAAUAACAAUGGCAGCGGCGUUGCUGCCCACCUGCGAGAUCACGUAUACAUAAGUCUGAACAAAGGCGGUGGCACAACGACGACAACAACAACAACAGUCAACGCUGAGGCAGCGAGCAUAAAUCAACAGCAGCAGCAGCGCAAUGGAGGCGCUGGCAAGGCGAAUGAUAUCACACACUACUACAAGGUCAAGCGAAGGCCGCACGCAGCCACCCACGAGAUCCACCCCAAGAAACAGGCCAAGCAGAGCGCACAGCAUCAAACGGUCACCUACAACAACAGCAUCAGCAAACAGACGGCCCAACAACAACAGCAGCAGCAGCAGCGCUUCCAUCAGCAGCAGCAGCAAUACGAAGUCGUCGAGCACGACGAAGACGAUGAUGUGGAGACGAGCAAACCGAGCGGCAACAACGGUUCCUCAUCGCAUUCGCAUGCACACAUCGCGAGGACAGCGACGCAUCAGCAGCAGCAGCAACAGACGACGUCGCAGCAACAGCAGACAGCGCUAGUGACUUCCUCAUCGGCCUCAACUGGAGGCAGCACCGGCGGUAGCAGUAGUGGUGAUCGCAAUCGAGCCGACACCUCGCUGGGCAUAUUGACCAAAAAGUUUGUGGAUCUGCUGCAGGAGUCGCCGGAUGGUGUUGUCGAUCUGAACGAUGCCUCGAUACGACUUUCCGUACAGAAGCGUCGCAUCUACGACAUUACGAACGUGCUCGAGGGCAUCGGCAUCUUGGAGAAGAAGUCCAAGAACAACAUUCAAUGGCGCGGCGGUCAAUCGCUGGUCAGCAGCGAACGUUCCCGCCACAUCGAGGCGGAGAGCGAGCGGCUGGAGCAGCGCGAGAAUGAGCUCAACACCCUCAUCGAUCAGAUGCGGGGCGAGCUGGCUGAGAUAUCGCAGGAGGUGGAGAACAGCGGUGGCAUGGCCUAUGUGACGCAGAAUGAUCUGCUCAAUGUGGAUCUGUUCAAGGAUCAGAUUGUGAUUGUGAUCAAGGCGCCGCCAGAAGCCAAACUAGUGCUCCCCAACACAAAACUACCGCGCGAGAUAUACGUCAAAGCGGAGAAUAGCGGGGAGAUCAAUGUCUUUUUGUGCCACGACAAUUCACCGGAGAAUUCGCCAAUUGCGACGGGUUCCAGUUGUGCGGGCGGUGCGCAGGCAUUGGGUGUCCACAGCGGCAUACGCACAGCGACAUCGAAGCGACUGCAUCACAUGACCAAUCAGCACAUCGAUCCCCUAUUCAAUAACAUUGAUGCCAUGAGCACCAGGGGUUUAGGCCCUCCACCAUAUCGCUUAUCGGCACAGCGCAACCUCAGCAAGUCGAUUGAGGAGGCGGCCAAGGAAUCCCAGCCUGAAUAUAAUAACAUUUGUGAUAUUGGCGGCGUCAAAUGUGAAGUGACCUCGCUACAGCAGCAGCAGCUGCAGCGCUCCUCGACGCAUGCAGAUGAUAAUAAGGAUGAUAAUGAUAAUGAUGAUGCUGACGACGACGUCGACAAUGAGCUGAGUCAGCUGGUGCCGACCCUAAUCAGUCCCGUGGUGCGUGGCAGUGGUCAUCAGCAGCGGCAGCAGAACGUGGCCAUUCAAAAAAUUAUUAACAGCCUAACACAAUCCCCGCCAACGACGCGACUCUGGCGGCGUGCGGCGAAUUUCGCUGCCAACAAUUCCGCCGCGGGCAACACAACUACGCUUAAUAGUCAUAACAGCAGCAGCAGCAACAAUAGCAACAGCAACAGUAACAGUAACAACAACAAUUCCCAAUCCCACAGCAAUAGCAGCAGCAGCACAGUAAAUUACAACAACAAUAAUCAGCAGCAGCAGCAGCGGCGCAGCGAUGUGCCCAUGUAUAACUGUGCAAUGGACGACGCGACUGCGACAGCGACAUAUGCUGUUAGCAAUAACAGUAACAGUAACAGAAACAACACCAACAACAAUAACAGCGGCAGCCACUCGUCUGCAAUAAGCUCGCUGCAAAUGCAGUUUGCAGCAGUGGCUGGAAAUGAUAGCAAUAGAGGGCUUGGCGUUGGCUUGGCGGCAACAUAUGGCGACAUCUCUGGCGCUGGCGCCACUGUUGAUCAGCAGCAGCAAUACAACAACAAGAUAAGUUAUCGCAAUCUGCUGCCAGGCGUCGCCGACUGUGAUGCUGACAGCGACGGCAGCACUGUUGUUCUCCAAGGGCUCGAUGCGCUCUUCAACGAUAUCGACACGGACUACUUCAAUAACGAGGCGUUUGUCUCCAUCGAUCCCCCGGAUGACAACGAUUAUCCUUAUGCGCUCAACGCCAACGAGGGCAUCGAUCGUCUCUUUGACUUUAGCUCCGAUGCCUAUGGGCCCUAAGAUCGAUCGAUCGAUCGAUCAAUCCGCAGAAGCCAGCCAGCCAAACACACACACACACACACAAAUACACACACACAGAUGCACACACAAAUACAAUUGCGAAUCGGGGAUUGGGGUUGUAACGGGGGGGUAAAAAGGGGGCGGGGGUGUUUAUAAUUUUAAAUUAUAUACAAGGAAAGCAGCGCAUAUUAUGUUAGAGAUGAUCUAUUAUUACUAUAUUAUAAUUAUUAUUAUAUUAUUAUCAAGUACAGCAAAGUCUAAGGAGAAAAUCAACAACAGUAAGAACAAAAACAAAACAAAAAAAAAACUAUGUAGAAAACAUAAUGAAACUAAGUUGUGUGUAAAAUUUUAGGCGUAAACCUACAAUUAAAUUUAUAAUCCAAACGUACUUUAAGUAAAAUGAUGGAAAAAAAAUACCCUCACAAAAUGCAAAAAAACACAUUUUAUAAGCAACUUUCAAUUUUUAGCCUUAAACUACAACAAGAAACUUAAAGCAAAAAAAUAACAAAAAAAAAAGAAGAUAAGAAUGAGAACAACAAAAAGAUAAGCAUCAUUACAAAAAUAUUUUGCGCCAGAACUGUCUGUAAAUUAGUACACACACACACACACACUUACACACACUUACACACACACACAC